AUGAACGGGCAAAGCAUACUGACGUUGUCUGGAGUGGUCAUUCAAGAGAUGGUGGAAGCUGAGACCUCAGGUGUCCUAUUCACGGUGCAUCCAGUAACAAAGGAUCCCAGCCAGAUGGUCAUCAACGUUUCAUGCGGGCUUGGAAAUGCCCUGGUUUCGGGAGAGAUCACCCCAGAUGAAAUCGUCAUUGAUAGAACGCACGACAAUCAGUUCUCAAUCUCUUCAUUCAGAAGUGGAACCAGCAAAAAGGUCAGGAAGAACGCACGCGGUUUGUGCGUAUCAGAUGAAGAGAUUUACAAACUCUGCGAAAUCGCCCUAGAAAGCUUGCUGGUAAGUUUCGAAGGCAGAAGUUUGGCGGGUAACAAGAAGUUGUGUGAGGUGUCCAUCUUGGGACAUACCUUGGACGACCUCACCCUUGAAGAAAUCAGUGACUACCACCCUAAAUUUAGUCCACUACGUCGAAUGUUAAAUGCUAAGAGGAUGUUCGCGAUAUUAGGAGCAGGUCCGAAAAUCUUAAUGGACCUGCGUGUGUUGAACGCCUCCAUCAAACUGACGCACGAACGUGGGGGCGGGUCGUCGGCCAGAGACGUCUACGAGACUAUUACCAAGAACACCUACCUAUACAGAGAGGCUCGGUGCAGUAAUAACACGAUGCACGUGCCACAGAACGUAGAAUACAAACCUCUCAAUGGCGGAUCUGGAAGCAAUUUUAUAAGUAAUGUCAUAAAAAGGACCCUGUUAUGUAUAAAAUCGACAAAAAAACUCGUCAACCACACUACCACAAAUCUUGACCCUCCUCCGUCAAAAUAUUGGCCACCCCCCGUCAAAAUUUUAGCCAUCCCGUCAAAAUUUUGGCCACCUCGUCAAAAUUUUGGCCACCUCGUCAAAAUUUUGGCUAUCCCAUCAAAAUUUCAACAUUUUCAAAACUCUGGCUCUUUGUUAAAGUUGUCUAGAUCCACCACUAAAAUGUCAAUUGAACUAACAGGUUCUUGA